AUGUUCCAUCCAGAUUACGAAAGGCCCAGCACGGGACCCCACGAGUUCAUUGGCGUUGAAACAGAAGGACAGCCCAUACCCAUGGGAUCCUGCGUCAUUGGAAUUCGCUACGACAAAGGAGUACUCAUUGCUGCCGAUACAGCGGUGUCGGAGGCAUCAGUGCCUCGGUACCAGGAUGUGGAUCGAGUCUACAAGAUCAACAAGCAGAUUAUUAUGGGCGGAGGUGGCAACUUUCACGAUGUCCAAAUGUACAGGCGCACAAUUGAAAGGCAGGUCAUUUCGGAUCGUAUCUAUCAGGAUGCAUUCGAGAUGAAGGCCAAGGCCCUAGCCUGCUGGUUGAGGAAUACCUUAUGUGCACGUCGCAUGGCCAUGGAACCCACGAAUGUGGCUCUAAUUGUGGGUGGCAUGCAGCCAAAUGAAGGACCUUACCUGUCCCUCAUUGACAGUGCCGAAAGCAUUUCCGAUGACUAUGUGGCAGCCACUGGACCUUCCCGGCAGCUGGUAAUUUCCAUGGUGCGCGACAAGAAGCCCCAGGAGCGGGAUUUCACGGAGACCGAGGCUUUGGGCAUGAUUCGCACAUGUAUGGGGAAGCUACAGUGCCGCGAUCCCUGUGCAAUUACCCAGUACACGGUGGGCGUCUGCAACGCCAACGAAUGCCACAUCGAAGGACCCUACAAAGUCAACGAAGACUGGACUCUUGCCCGUCGCAAAAAAGGGGAGCAGGCGACUAAGAACAUCAUUUCAAACUCAAGUACGAUUUAA